GGGUCCAUCAGGCUGGUGGGUUCUGGGGGAGACUGUGCAGGGAGGCUGGAGGUUUUUCACAGCGGCUCAUGGGGGACAGUGUGUGAUGACUCCUGGGAUAUUAAAGAUGCCCAUGUGGUGUGCAGACAGCUGCAGUGUGGAGUGGCCCUCAGUAACCAGCAGGUACCAGCCUGGUUUGGUCCUGGUUCUGGACACAUAUGGCUGGAUGAGGUGGAGUGUGAGGGGAAUGAGACGUCCCUGUGGAGCUGCUCUUCUUCAGGCUGGGGAAAACAUGACUGUAAUCACAAGGAGGAUGUAGGAGUCGUGUGCUCAGAUGGACAGAGACACAGUGAGUCUGAUCUGUCAAGAGCUGAACUGUGGAAGAUCUGGUGUUUUGUCUGAUUCUGCACCAAGACUGAAAUCAGCUCCUAACUGGCUGGAUAAAGUUACAUGUCGACCACAUGAUUCCACUUUAUGGCAGUGUCCUUCUUCACUCUGGGGAGAGAAUAACUGUGGUGAUGAUGAAGUGGCCAAAAUCAUCUGCUCAGAACAGGAGAUCCAUGAGUCUCCUCAAAGCUAUCUGACAUGUUCCACAUCUCCCCAUCAGAGACAGUGUUCAGAUCAUCUUCCUCUCAGACUGAGUGGAGGUAAGGACCGGUGCUCUGGGAGGCUGGAGGUGUAUCAUAACGCUGUGUGGGGCUCAGUCUGUGAUGAUCAGUGGGACAUCAGCGAUGCUCAGGUGGUCUGCAGGCAGCUGGGUUGUGGAGCAGCACUGAGGGCUGAUGGGAAUUCAGUCUUUGGUGCUGGUGAAGGUGUUGUGUGGAUGAACAGAGUCGAGUGCAGAGGGAAUGAGAUUCACCUGUGGGACUGUCCUCUCUCCUUGAAAAACCACAAUGACUGCUCCAACAAAGAGCACGCUGGACUCAUCUGUGCAGGUCACAACAAUCACUGAGGAAUAAUAUUUCCUUUUAGAACAUUUUAAAGUGUGUAAUGUUGGUAUAUUCAGAACAUUCAUAGCUUUGAACAUGCUUGUGUCUGUUUUGCCAGAUUUGUCA